UGCCUCCCGGAUUCCAGAUCGAGCUCGCUCGGUUCCGCUCCGCCGUCCGCACCUGGCACAAUGGCCUCCAGCUCGAGAUCUACUCCCGGCUUGGGUGCAGACGAGCACGGCCCAUCCACGGUUUGACCGCCUCACUCCACCGAUCUGCUGUUCUGCCUCACUCCGCCGCCUUCUUCCCUGCCGCAGUAAGUACUCAAAUCAGCGGCGACGGAACACACUCGCGAGGCGCACGUAGCUCGACGCCGCCGCUGGAACCUCCGUGGUUGACUGGACUCAGACAGCGCACGAUGCCGGACAGGAAAGGCGACACCCAGCUCGAGGACCUGCCCGAGGAGAUCAUGGACAUGAUACUCAUCCGGCUGCCGUCCAAGGACGUCGGCCGUUGCCGUGCUGUCAGCACGUCGUGGCGCAGUGCCACCUCUACGCCUAAAUUCAUGCUCGAACACCACCGCCGCCAGCGGUCGCUCCCCAUCAUCGACGGGGAUUAUGGGCCUGCCAGACUUGUUGUCUUCCGUGAUGCUGGUGCUGGUGCCUCCAGUCAACAGCUCUGGCCCUUCCUCCCGGGUGCCAAACACCGUUCUGGGAAUAGGCUCCAAGUCGCCUCUGAUGGCUUCAUCAUCAUCGCCAGUAAUACCCGGUGCCAAUUACGAUUCUACAUCUGCAACCCGACCAUCCAACAGCAUGCUCUCCUACCACAGCCUCAGUUGGGGAAAGAUAUCUGCAACAGCAUAAUCGGCCUCUACCAGCAUCAUCCAACCAGAGAAUAUAGGGUGCUAUGGGUCUCACAGGACUUGUCUGAAGACUCGGUAAACUUUUCUGAAGACUCGGAAAAUUUGGCUGAAGACUCGGAAAACUUGUCUGAAGCCUUGCUGUACGUCCUCACAGUGGGAUCCUAUGAACCGAGGCACGUCAGAGUCAGAAUACCAACAGUCUCGUGUCCUUCCGUGGAACAAAAGUUACUGAGUGGGCUGUCCUAUCGGUAUUAUUCUCCACCUCCACUACCAGCCCACCAUCAUGGCUGCCUGCACUGGUUUACUUAUGAUGACAGCAACAUUACGGGAGGUGCCAGAGACAUUAUUGUGUUCGACACAGAAGCCGAGUCUUUCCGGUGGAUGAACAGUCCUGUUAGUCCUGCGCGGAAUCUCUCCCAGUCGCUCUAUGAUAGAAGGUUGUUCGACAUGAAGGGGACGCUUGCUUUCUGUGGCGGCUCGCCCAGUUCCACCGCUAUAGAUGUUUGGGUGAUGCAGGACUAUGAGGCUGAAAUCUGGGUAUUCAAGUACCGGAUUGACGUGUCAACGGUGGAAGCAUCACGACAACUUUAUUUAACUUCUUUCAAAAGGAAAAGGAAAACACCGCUUGAUUUAACAGUGAAACAGUUCAAUGAGAUGGCUGUGCUCAAUGAGCGUGAGCUGCUGAUCAGGUUCAAUAAUAGAAUACAUGUGUUGCGCUGCGACAUUGAUGGCAAGUUCUUAGGUAUCGCGAACAUCGGGAAGAGUCAAUAUCAAAUGUUGCUUACUCACCAGCACCUCCAGGAGAGCAUUAUUCCAAUUCCAUCCCAUGAGAUGCGAGAAGAAGAUGAGGAGCCUUCAUUAUUCACAAGGCUUGUCUGAAUGUUCAAGACUCCUGGUUUGCUUUGCCAUUUGAUUCAGAUCAGGUCUUUUGUUCUUAGCCCCACUUGUUACGUAUACUACCAGCACUUAACAUGUCGUUUUGGACAGUUGCAGUAGCACCUGCAAUGUCAUCGUUUGGUGCUUAUUAUAAUGUCUUGAAUGACUUAUUAAUGCCCUGAACUAUAUGGUAUUAGAACCUUUUAUCACUGUU